AUGUCAGAUUCCAACACAACCGACUUCACCAACCCCUCCACCUUCAUCCUGAUGGGCAUUCCUGGCCUGGAGGCUGCUCAUGUCUGGAUCUCCAUCCCCUUCUGCACCAUAUAUGUAUUAGCUGUCUUGGGGAACUUCACCAUACUGUUAGUAGUGAAGACGGAGCCGAGCUUCCAUGGGCCCAUGUAUUAUUUCCUCUGUAUGCUGGCUGUCACCGACCUGGUCCUCUCCACAUCCAUCCUGCCCAAAAUACUGAGCAUCUUCUGGUUUAAUUCCAGAGAGAUAGAUUUCCAUGUCUGCCUCACCCAGAUGUACGUCAUUCACUGCUUCUCAGCGAUGGAGUCUGGGAUCUUCGUGGCCAUGGCUUUUGAUCGCUACGUGGCCAUCUGUGAUCCCCUGAGACAUUCCACCAUCCUGACAAACACUGUGGUAGCCAAGAUCGGCUUGGCCGUGGUGUUACGUGGAAGCAUUCUCUCACUGCCCUGUCCAAUCCUGGCGAGGCAGUGGCCAUAUUGCAGAACGAACAUCAUCCCCCACUCGUACUGUGAGCACAUAGCUGUGGUGAAGCUGGCCUGCGCCGACACCAGCGUCAGUAGUUACUACAGCCUCUCUUUUGCAUUCUUGAUGACUGGUCUGGACGUGUUUUUUAUUGCCAUGUCCUAUAUCCAGAUCCUCAGGGCCAUCUUCAGCCUCCCCACAAAGGACGCCCAGCUUAAGACUUUUGGGACCUGCAGCUCGCACCUCUGUGCCAUCUUAACCUUUUACAUCCCAGAUCUCUUCUCCUCCCUCACACAUCGCUUUGGCCGCAAUGUGCCUUGGCAUUUCUUCAUUCUCAGUGCCAACGUGUACCUCGUGGUGCCCCCAUUGCUACAUCCCCUCAUCUAUGGGGUGAGGACCAAAGAGAUCCGUGACAAGCUGCUCCAGCUCUUCACUCAUAAAGAGGUGUAA